ACCGUGGGAGGGGCCGCGCGUGGGGCAGCGGGUAGCGAGUCCCUCCGUCCCCGCGAGUCGGCGCUUUUGGCCCCGCGGGAGGGGCCGGGCUCGGUGAGCGACUGGCGGGGGCUCGGGUCCGAGUCCAGGGGGCGACGUGGGCCGCGGACACCGCCAGCCACGGGCCCUGCGUCCCUCCAGGGAGCCGUGUUUCGGUUCAUGAGGCCUCGGGCUGUGAGCUUAGGUCAGCACGAAGCUGCCGCUUGCUCCUGGGUCGGGGUCCCGCGCCGCUGUCGCCUCCUCAGGGAACCCCAGUCGCCCUCACCCGGGGCGAUUCCGCACCCCAGGGGACUUUUGGCUGUAGCUGGAGACGGCUGUGGUUGUCACAAAUUGUGGGGAGGGGAGGCUGCUACUGUCAACUAGAGGGUGGAGGCCGGGGAAGAGGGACGCUGCUUGCUCUUAAAGAUCCUACGUUGUACAGGACAGUCCCCCACAACAAAGAAUUAUCAGUAGUGCCAGGUUGGGAAACCCUGCUCUAGGGCCUUAAAAAAAAAAUCUCUGCAGUUCUGAAUAAACUACAUAAAUUGUUAAAAAUUCAGUUUAGUCACUUAAUAGGGCCUCUAAGUGACAAGAUAUUUUUAAAGCCUGUGGAGUCACCAUAGAAUCUCUCUCCAGCCUAGUAAGUUGAGCAAGUCAAAUGCACACAGCGUUAAGCUGCUUUCUCCCCUCUUACGGAGCAGAUGGCCAGAUGGGAAUCAGAUGAGAAAAGCAUCAUUCAAGCUCAGAUUCGUGUUGAAGCCUGCCACAAGGUCCACCUGUUGUUGUGGGUUUGUGGGUGACCAGGGGUUACCCCCAGCAGUGUGUGAGAAUGAAGAGUGUGGGCCACUGUGUCUCUGUUGACCUGCCAGAUAGGAAAUAGCGCCAGAGUUGCUGCAAUCCACGUCUCCCUGGAAUUCAGGAGCAGCUUGGCUGGAAGGCUCUGGCUGGAAGCUUGCAGAAGGCUGUCAGCUGGGUCUGCAUCAUCUGAAGGCUCAACGGGUACCGGGGGCCACUCCAUGGCCUGCGAGUCAGAGCUGGCCGUCGGUGGGAGGCCUCAGUUCCUCUCCACAUAGGCCUCUCCACAGGGCCACUUGAGCAUCUUCCCACCAUGGCAACUGGUGUCCUCUAGAGCAACAUCCAGGAGACCAAGGCGGAAGCAGCUGUAGUGCCUUCUAGGACCUGGUCCUGAAAGUCACCCCUGCACCCACCCCCGCUGUCUCCUCAGCCAUAUUCUGCUGGUCACACAGGUGGCCCUGAAUUCAUUGCCUGCUCAGCAAAAUAAAGGCCCAGUGUGGAAGCCGGAACUUGCAUUUGAAGAAGGAUGGGAAGGAUGGGUUGAGGAGGGCCCAUCCCCAGCAGCCCGAGAGGGAGGAGGCCACGGAGACUCGGAGCAUUCCCGUUUCUUCCAGAGCGCUGCAGGAUAAAGGAGGAGCGUCCUGCUUCCCGGCUGCCCUGUUGCUGUCGGAGUCACAGGAUGGCGGCUGUCAUCCUGCCCUCGACUGCUGCUCCGUCUUCCCUGUUCCCAGCCUCUCAGCAAAAAGGACACACACAGGGUGGAGAGCUGGUUAAUGAGCUCCUGACAAGCUGGUUACGGGUGAGUCAGAUGUUCCUUUUCCCAAAUCAUUAUUCCUUUGGCCAGAAGUUUGGACUUGAUACCUUCCAGCAGCCUGGAGCCUCAUGGCCAAACCAGGUCCUCAGGCAUCCCAGGAUUUCCAGGCAUCAGAUGGAGGGUGAGGGCUGCCCAGAAAAUGUCAGUGUGUGUCAAUGUUUACUGCAGGUUCAGAGCUCCCUCCAGGGUCCCUGAGUACAUCAUGUGCUCCUGAGAGUUUUAAGGGAAAGCCAAGUAAAGACGUGAUGAUGUUCUAAACCCAAGCAAUUAAUAAACGCCACGGAAAUCAGUCAUUCACUUACCAAGUAUUUCUCUGAUUUCUGCCAUGUCACGGGCCCAUGAUCCCCUGGAGAUUGAGGGAAAUAAGAUCACAGGAGCUCCCAGUCUGAGUGAGAAAAGGCAGCUGCUCUGUGGUACUGUGCACUGGACCUGGGAAUGGCCUAAGGAGACAAGCAUUGAGGGCUGAGCUCAGAAGCCAGGGAGAAGAGCUCAGAACCCCAGGAGAGGAGCUCAGAACCCUGGGAGAGGAGCUCAGAACCCUGGGAGGGCUUGGUGACCUUCGAGGAUGUGGCCGUGGAGUUCACCCAGGAGGAGUGGGCGUUGCUGGACCCUGCCCAAAGGACACUGUACAGGGACGUGAUGCUGGAGAACUGCAGGAACCUGGCCUCACUGGGGUGUCGUGUUAAUAAACCCAGUCUGAUAUCCCAGUUGGAACAAGACAAGAGGGUGAUAACAGAGGAAAGAGGAAUUCUACCAAGCACCUGUCCAGAUUUGGAGACUCUACUUAAAGCCAAAUGGUUAACUCCUAAGAAGCAUGUUUUCAGAAAAGAACAGUCUAAAGGUGUAAAAACGGAAAGAAGUCAUCGUGGAGUGAAACUCAAUGAAUGUAAUCAGUGUUUUAAAGUCUUCAGCACGAAAUCUAACCUAACUCAGCACAAGAGAAUUCAUACUGGAGAAAAACCCUAUGACUGUAGUCAAUGUGGGAAGUCCUUCAGUAGCAGAUCUUACCUUACUAUUCAUAAGAGAAUCCAUAAUGGGGAGAAACCCUAUGAAUGCAAUCACUGUGGGAAAGCAUUUAGUGAUCCCUCAUCCCUUAGACUGCAUUUGAGAAUUCACACUGGAGAAAAACCCUACGAAUGUAACCAGUGUUUUCAUGUUUUCCGCACCAGUUGUAACCUCAAAAGCCACAAGAGGAUUCACACGGGGGAGAAUCACCAUGAAUGUAAUCAGUGUGGAAAAGCUUUCAGCACAAGGUCCUCUCUCACUGGGCACAAUAGCAUUCAUACAGGGGAGAAACCUUAUGAAUGUCACGAUUGUGGGAAAACCUUCAGGAAGAGCUCCUAUCUGACACAGCACGUAAGAACUCAUACUGGAGAAAAACCCUAUGAAUGUAACGAGUGUGGGAAAUCCUUCAGCAGUAGCUUUUCUCUUACUGUGCACAAGAGAAUACAUACUGGAGAGAAACCCUACGAGUGCAGUGACUGUGGAAAAGCCUUUAAUAAUCUCUCAGCUGUGAAGAAACACUUAAGAACUCACACUGGAGAAAAACCCUAUGAAUGUAAUCAUUGUGGGAAAUCCUUCACAAGUAACUCCUAUCUUUCUGUGCACAAGAGAAUACAUAAUAGGUGGAUAUGAAUUACUGCAGGAACUUCUGGAGGAAAGCACUCAUUGAUCUUUCAUCCCUAAGAUAGUUUGAGAGAGCUCACACUGGAUAUAUAAGUUAUUUGUUGCAGCAUAACAAAUGAUCCCCCCAAAUUUUGUGGCUUCAAACACGAAAUGUUUAUUCUCUAACAAUUUCUACAGGUCAGGAAUUCAAGAACGGCUUAUCUCUGUAGUUACACUGCAGGAUCUCUCAUGCCUUUACUUACAAUCAAGAUAUCAGCCAAAGAUAUGGUCAUCUAACAUCUUUACUGAUGAACAGUCCAUUUCCAAGAUGACUUACUCACAUGCCUGGAAAGUUGAUGUUGGUUGUUGUCAGGGGACCUUCAGUCAUUACCAUGUAGGCCUCUUUACAAGGCCGAGCUCCUUGACAAUUUGGCAAUAAGUUCUCCCCAAGGUUAGUGAUCCAAGAGAGGACCAAUACAGAGGCCAAAAUGGCUUUUAUGACCUAUCCUCAGGAGGACUGCUAAGCUUUCACUUAUUUCCUAUUGUGUUGGUCUCACAACACACCAAUCCUGAUACAAUGUGAGAGACUGCAGAAGGUAUGAAUACCAGGAAACAGAUAACUCAGAAGCAUCUGGGAAAUUUGCCAUGGAAUUAAUGAAGAAAAGCCCUCAGCACAUCAUCCUUCUACUCUAAUCAAUAUGAAAUAGCAUUCAGUAACUCGUAUUAAUUCACUCUGAAGAGAAACCUUUUGAGGACAAUCUGUAUGGUAAAGCUCUCAGCUCGAAUUCUCACCUUCAUGGGCCCAGAAGAUUAUGUACUGAGAGAAUCCUGAAGAAUGGAACAGCUGUAGAAAGCCUUCAGUGCUAUCAGCAGGGAUUCAUGUGACAGCUCACACUAAGGGAGAAAACCUGUGAAGGUCUCAGAAGGCUUCAGUGACAGUCAUCCCUUAAGACACAUUGGAAAUCACACCAUGGAACAACACUCAGAAAUGCAGAAUACCCUACAGCAAAAGUGUUCACAUUACUGAGCAAACUAUAGUGUGGUAUUCUGCAGUGACUGUGGGAAAGCCUUGAAUGUUCUAUUGGUUUUUAAGGGACUUGAGAAUUAAUUCUGGAGAGAAUGCCCCAUUGAACAUCAUCAAUAUUGGAGAGCUUUCUGUUUUUCUACAUUUGUUAGGAAACUUGUGAGCAUUCACACUACAGAGAAACUUGAAAUAUAAAGAGGAAGAGAAAGCCUUCAGUGAUGCCUCUGUGUUAGGGAAAAUAUGGAACUUCUCCCUGGAUGCAAAACCUAUGAGUAUAUUAAUAUUGGAAAAUUUUUCAGUGAUUCUUCUCUUUCUUGUAUAUGAGAGAACUUAUAUGGAGAAACCCCUAGGAAUGUAAUCAGUGUUAGGAUGCCUCAGCCUGAACUCUUCACUGAGUGGCCACAAUUUUCACUGGGAACAAAAAGUAUAAUAACUGUUUUGAGUGUGGGAUAUCCUUUAUCAGUGUCUCAUCUGUAGAUUGGACUGCUGGCUCAUUAAUUUUUUUAGUCUUUUUUUCUUUUAAUAUAAACAUUUGUGUAUAGCUGUUCCCUAAAAUAAACAUUAACAUAUUUCAUAA